CUCGGGGUUUGAUAUUUCGCACCACUUUCCAUUUGACGAACGUGAUCAAGAUGCCAUGGUAGCGAUGUCUAGCAAGCAGGAAGGGCAGGGAAACGACAAGGAGAUAGAUAUCGAACGUGCCAGACCGAGGAAGAGGACGUGGAGGGCGUGCGACAAAUGUUCCACGCAGAGGGCAAGAUGCGACGGGAGCCAUCCUUGCCGACGUUGUGCAGACUAUGGCUACACAUGCAGCUAUGAUCGGCCUGUCAAGAAACGAGGUCGAACGCGCCUGGCUGCGCGCAGCAAGACUUCUGGAACAGCAGCAGUGAUCGAGAGCCAGGAGGAGGCUGCAGAACGAAUGCCAUCCGCGUCUACGACUUCUGCAUUGUCGUUUCUGGUCGAUCCCAUUGAGGACGACAGCGCUGAUAGCGGAGAAGACCAGUCCGAUGAGCCGACCGAGGUUUCAGGCCGUGAGAGCAUCUUGCGGCGCAAUGGCUUCGGCGAUCACAUGAGCCAAGCGCUCUCACUGUCUUCACCAAUGUCAGUAUGGCAGUCCUCGUCGUUGCCUGCGACAUCGCACUGUCGCUACCCGGUUCUCCAACCAUUGCUUCCACAUUUGAACGGCAUACUCUCUGUGUCGACUGCAUGCGAACUGUUCGACGUAUACUUGACCGAUCCUGGAAGCUCACUCUUCAAGUUUGCACCUCCUUAUAUCCUUACUCGUAUCUUUCGUAGAAAAUCGCUGCUCCACCCCACGAGCCCGCGGCCAAUGUCAUGUGCUCUUCUGGCAGCAAUUCUGUGGUGUUGCGCCCAGGCCGCCGAGGUGCCGUCGCUACUAGCGCCUGGUGCGAGGUCGCGGACCACUAGAACCCUUUAUAACCUCGCGGUGUCUCUGAUUAACGAGAAAGCCACUGGGCGAUGGUGGAGGACAGAUACACAGUCACUAUCAGAGCAGACAUUAGGUGUCUCAACCACAGGUGAGAGAUGUGAGUCUCUAACCAUGGCAACAGAUGACAUCCAAGCACAACUAGGCGCUGUAGACGAUGUCUUGACCUUUCUGUUGCUCUGCAUCGCAGUGUCAGGGGGCGAAUUCAAGGCGGAUUGUGAGGACUGGUGGCAUCGAGCUACACGAACAUCUAGGUCCCUAGAGUUACACCGCGAGGACGAACCUUGUCUGCAACUUGGUCUUACUUGCACAAAGCCGUUGUGUUCUUGUCACAUGCAGCAACCCGGCGCACAGAACCUAUCUUUCGUGGAAGCCAAGGAGGAAAGACGAAGAGUGUUUUGGUUAUUGUACUGUCUCGAUCGCCAUCUUGCAUUGUCGUUCAAUCGAACUUUGCAAAUACCGGAUUCCUAUGUGGAAGUCAAAGCACCACUGCCGGAACGGAUCUGGGAGGACUUGGACGAGAUUGUGGACAAUAUGUAUCCUAUGAGCACUCUUGGACCACCGACAAGCAUUACUGGUACAGGUUUCUUUGAAUACUUCCUACCCUUGAUGGUUAUACUUGGGGAUAUCAUCGAGCUUCAUCAUGGGCGCCAACAUCCUCGCUUGCACGAUUUUUGCAACGACGGAAUGAGCUUGCUGAUUGAGGCGCACAUCAGUGAAUGCCACGAAAGCCUCAAGGUGUUGAACGAGGACAUCCGCUCGUCAGAAGCCGAGGCACAAAACAGGACGCAGCUGGUAGUUGCUUAUAGCACCCACAUACUAUACGUCCUGCAGGUUCUACUACACAGUAAGUGGGAUGCUAUUAGUAUGCUCGACAAUGACGAUGGAUGGAUUGCAACGCAGGACUUCUCGAAGUGCGCAUCCCAUGCUAUUGCGGCCUCGGAAGCUGUAUCGAGGAUUUUGGAGUUCGACCCUGAAUUGGGAUUCAUCCCGUACCUAUUCGGCAUAUAUCUGCUGCAGGGCAGUUUUAUACUGUUGUUGUUUGCAGAUCGUAUGCCGCUGUUGGGGUUGAACCAGAGUGUUGCACACGCGUGCGAAACCAUUAUUCGCGCCCACGAAGUCUGCAUCGUCACUUUGAGCACAGAGUUCCAGAGGAGUUUUCGAAGGGUCGUGAGGUCGACGUUGUAUAGCGUUCGUGGUAUUAGUCCGACCGAACUGGAAGAGUACAAACUGGCUCGGCGAAGAGUCUUGUCAUUGUAUAGAUGGACGAAAGGCGCAAGGGGUUUGGGCAUAUGAGGUUUUGGGAGCUCCUAGCAGUUGGCCUCGGCGUUGGCAUUUAUGGGCCGGCGAUGGGAAAUUGGUGAUGUAUUGAUUCAUCCCUUGCGUGCUGAUGAAACAAGACCCUAUAUUCUCCUAGUCAUGUAAUGGUCUCAUAUAGAGAUCGCUUAUUAUAGCUUGUGUAUCUCAGGGUUUAGUCGAACCGCAGAUCGAUAGCGACAAGCGUCGCGAAUGUAGCCAGCUAAGCCAAGGACAGAUAUCCCGCUGUGACAGCUCGCUAAUAGACACAUUGCACUGGACAAAGUGGGUUUUACAUGGCUGUGGCUGCAGCAUCUGAACUUUGACACACAUUUCAUACAGGUUUCCGUAGACGUGAACAUGUUU